UACGUACGUGCAUCAACCGUACACACGUACGAACGACGGGGGUACGGCGUACGUGGUGCUUGUGUUUCUUGUGUCUUAUCUGGAGUGUUUAAACGAAAUAUUGCCGGCAUUUUGAAUUCCAACACAAUCAAAGAAGGACAUUAGUUUGAUAGUAGUGGUUACAGCUGAAUCUUAUAUCAUGAGUACUCCAGAUGUGCCACCAGCAAGUGGUGGGAGUGCAGGGAAAAAGAAAGGUGGGGGGUUCCUGCACCGACAAGCGAAAGCGAAGAAGGCGACUAGCGGCAGUGCAGAGAUAACGGAAGAAGAACUACUGCAGAAGGAUGCUGUCACACCAGAUGAUGUACUAAAGCUUACUAAUUGUACAGAAAACUAUUUAUGUGAUCCAGAUGCUAACAUAUACAAUAUAGACUUCACCAGGUUCAAAAUAAGAGACAUGGAUACUGCAACAGUCCUCUUUGAGAUAGCAAAGCCACCUCCAUCAGAGGAAGAUGACGAUGUAGAACAAGAACCUGAUGAUGCAGAUCCUAAUGCUGGCAGAUUUGUGCGCUACCAGUUUACACCUCAAUUCCUUAAACUGAAGACCAUUGGAGCAACAGUUGAAUUUGUUGUUGGUGAUAAACCAGUAAAAAACUUUCGCAUGAUAGAAAGACACUACUUCAAAGACCGAUGCCUGAAGACGUUUGACUUCAACUUUGGUUUCUGCAUUCCAAACAGCAAGAAUACAUGUGAACAUAUAUACGAGUUUCCCAAGCUCACUCCAGAAGAAA